UUUUGCGCGUAUGGGAUGCGAGCUGGUUUUACAAGGGCUGACGGAGUCUGUGGAGUAAAACCUUAAAACCAUCGUUUUUUCACUUUUGGCUUUAAAUCACAAAGUUCCUUCAGUGGGUAUCCUGUAGAAAAACACGCCAAAAUGGCAGAUAAAGAAGUAUAUGAUGAUGCAGUAGAGGAGAGAGUUAUAAAUGAAGAAUACAAGAUCUGGAAGAAAAACACACCAUUCCUGUAUGAUCUAGUCAUGACACAUGCCCUCGAGUGGCCGAGUUUGACAGUGCAGUGGCUUCCUGAUGUGACCAGGCCUGAGGGAAAGGACUAUGCCCUUCAUCGGCUGGUGUUGGGCACCCACACUUCGGAUGAGCAGAACCACCUGGUCAUCGCAAGUGUUCAGAUCCCUAAUGAUGAUGCGCAGUUUGAUGCGUCCCAUUAUGACAGUGAAAAAGGAGAGUUUGGAGGGUUCGGGUCAGUGAGCGGAAAGAUUGAAAUUGAGAUUAAGAUCAAUCAUGAAGGAGAAGUGAACAGAGCCAGAUACAUGCCACAAAACCCCUGCAUCAUCGCCACCAAGACACCCACCUCUGACGUGCUGGUGUUUGACUAUACCAAACACCCCUCCAAACCAGAUCCCAGUGGUGAAUGUAGUCCAGACCUGAGGCUGCGGGGGCAUCAGAAAGAGGGUUACGGUUUGUCCUGGAACCCGAACCUGAGUGGAAAUUUGCUCAGUGCAUCAGACGAUCAUACAAUCUGUCUAUGGGACAUCAGUGGUGCUCCAAAGGAUGCAAAGAUAGUAGAUGCAAAGACCAUCUUUACAGGACACACAGCUGUGGUGGAGGAUGUGUCCUGGCAUCUUCUACAUGAAUCGCUCUUUGGCUCUGUGGCGGAUGACCAGAAACUCAUGAUCUGGGACACUCGAUCGAAUAACACAGCAAAGCCCAGUCACGCUGUCGAUGCUCACACAGCUGAAGUCAACUGCCUGUCCUUCAAUCCCUACAGCGAGUUUAUUCUCGCCACUGGCUCGGCAGACAAGACUGUUGCAUUGUGGGAUCUGCGCAACCUAAAGCUGAAGCUUCACUCAUUUGAAUCGCACAAGGAUGAAAUCUUCCAGGUGCAGUGGUCUCCCCAUAAUGAGACCAUCCUGGCGUCCAGUGGCACAGACAGACGCCUGAAUGUCUGGGAUCUGAGUAAAAUUGGAGAGGAACAAUCUGCGGAGGAUGCAGAGGACGGGCCUCCUGAACUUUUGUUCAUUCACGGCGGUCACACAGCGAAGAUCUCCGAUUUCUCUUGGAAUCCAAAUGAACCCUGGGUAAUAUGUUCAGUGUCAGAGGACAACAUUAUGCAAGUUUGGCAGAUGGCUGAGAACAUCUACAAUGAUGAAGAGCCAGACGCCCCGGCAUCGGAGCUGGAGGGGCAGGCAUCGUAAACUCACUCUCAUCUCAUCAAAAUCUGAAAAACUUUUUCAUGGCUCCUCUUACUCUUCAGCUUUUGCUUUUCUGUAUUAUUCAGAUAUGAUUCAUCCUCUUACUUCCCACUUUAUAUACUUUAUCCAUUACAUGGUCCUGUAGAGAAGAUUGACUUGAGUUGGUUUAAAGUGGAAAUGAUUAUGUAAAGGUUUGGAGAGUGUUCGAGAGACUGCACCACAAUUUCAGGCACUUCUGAGAAGUUACGGCUUGGUGUGGCUUUUUCACAAUUAGCACAGUUUUUGUUUUUGUGCAGAAACCCAGUGUCAAUUUGCAAUAAAUCUUUUGUAACAACUUUUAAACUAAUUUUGUAUUUCCAAAUUGUCAAUUGUUCUUUUUCUGUGCUUACAAUUUAAUGCUGAAAAUAAAGUACAGAAACUGUAAGCUU